UGCUGCUGUCAGAAAAGGCGACAAGGUUUCGGGAAAAUAGUUAUUGUUAGCUUUAUCGGCGGUUUCUAAAUUAGCUCAGAUACAUGUAUAUAUGUAGCCUAUUAAUUGAUACGUUUAUAAAGGCAGCGGUUGAAAUAAAUACGUAGAGACGGUUUUAUAAAUGCGUCGUUCAGGAACCAUAAAUUGCGGUCCUCGGGAAGGAGUCCGAUGCAGCGACUUGUUAUAAUAGCAAAAAAAUACGUUUUAGCAUAACGUUAACUUUCACGCCGAUUCUAGCGUGAAUUUUACCGCUAAUGUUAAAAGAACUGCGCUAUGUAAUGUCACACAAACCGAGCUAGCUUGUCCUUACCGUUUUGUUGCUGUUAAGCGGUGACAGCUAAGCUAGCUAGCUAACUGGCUAGCCGAGGUCUUGUUUACCAUCAUGGACAGGGAGGCGUACCGCAACUGCUGCAGCCUGGUCAAAAUCCCGAGACAGUCGUAUGAACAGUUUUGGUCCUCACAUUUUGUAGAUUACAUCGACAAGGAGCUGAGCUAUUCGAAGUUUUUCAAGAAAUACUUACUCCCCAAUCACCCAUGUAUGUUUUCAAGAAGGUUCACAGAGGACUGGAAGUGCCGGAGACAGUGGGUGUCAGAGGAGGGGAAGCCGAAUUUCCAGAAACUGCUGCAAGAUUUUGAUGAGACUCCUGUUCCUGUUGCAAACUGCAAUGCAAAGGAGUACAAUGCAAACCCUAAACAAGUUAUGCCUUUCAAAGAAUUUAUACACUACUGGAAGGAAUACAUCCAGAAUGGCCACUCGUCACCUAAAGGAUGCCUCUAUCUGAAAGACUGGCACAUGUCAAGGGACUUUGCAGAGCAUAAUGUUUACACCACACCAGUCUUCUUUUCGUCUGACUGGCUUAAUGAGUACUGGGAUACACUUGAAGUUGAUGACUACCGCUUUGUCUACAUGGGACCUAAAGGCUCAUGGACGCCAUUCCAUGCUGAUGUGUUCCGCUCCUACAGUUGGUCUGCAAACAUCUGUGGCAGGAAGAAAUGGCUCCUGUAUCCCCCGGGUCAGGAGGAGUUUUUACGAGACACUCACGGCAACCUCCCUUACGAUGUAACAUCAGCUGAGCUGCGAGACAGAGGCCUAUUCCCACACUCCGAAGAAGCCUGUCAACCUCUUGAAAUUAUUCAAGAGGCAGGUGAAAUCAUUUUCGUACCCAGUGGCUGGCAUCAUCAAGUCUAUAAUCUGGAGGACACCAUCUCCAUUAAUCAUAACUGGUUGAAUGGCUGCAACGUGGACAUCAUGUGGCAGUUCCUUCAGAGUGAGCUGUCUUCUGUUCAAAAGGAGAUAGAUGAGUGGAGACACACGAUGGACUCGUGGCAUCAGCACUGUCAGCUCAUUAUGAAGGCCUGUUCUGGUAUUAACUAUGCAGAAUUUGCCUCCUUCCUCAAAAUCAUUGCUGACAACCGAAUGGCUUUCCUGAAUGCUUGUUCCUCUGGGGAUUCGUCCGAUUACCCACGGCAUCUCUCAGAGAUCCUCACCACACUUGGACCUUACCACGCUGCCUUUGACCUGCAAAGAGUGGCUCACAUAAUUGAAUGUCUGCUCAUCAAUGAAGAUUUUAAGCGCCUCGAUCAUUCAGCUUUGACUUUGCAGCCAGAAACCAUGUUACAGCAAAUUCGGGACACCAUACAGUCCACCAGGGGGCAGCAUCUCCUUUAUCAGGAUUAAGAUGUUCAGUGGCGUCUUAACAAUGUUCUCGUUAUCUGGAAAUGGCUUGAAUGAGAAGUGCCAAUUUGUAUAGUGCGAAAAAGAUGAUGAUGAAGGUGUUACGUAGAAUGUUUGGAGUUAGUUUUUGCACAGAAAGAUAAAAUUGGUGAAUAAAUUAAAAAAAAAAAAUCACAA